GAGGAAGAAGCCCCAAAGUGUGAGGUGUGGUAUGAGGGAAGCCUGGGAGGUGAUCUUUUCCGUGCUAGAGCGCAGUGUCUGGAUGUGAAUGCAAGGAACUAUAGAUGGUCUGAGUCCUGCAGCAAAGUGUGCCAGAUGUGUGACGGGGGUGUGGACGAGACUGUGCAGCAUGUAGUGCUGGAAUGCAAGAAGUAUGACAGGGAGAGAACGAAGAUGAUGCAUGUGUUUCUGAGUGAGAUGGGACGUAGAGUGAACGGGAGGACGGCAAGGGAGUGGAUGGUGCUGCUGCUGGGGCUCAGUGGAGAGACGAGUGGACGAGUGAUUGAGGCGGUGAAAGAGUUCUUGGAGGGCAUGUGGCGUGCAAGAUGUAGGGAAUGAUAUCUUGCCCCGAGAACAUAGACUUUCCGCAUGUUUUGUUUUCUUUUCACACGAGCUGCCGAUACAAAGGCCUGGCUGGGGAGAAAUCCCGAGCCACCUGUGACAUCAAGAUCAAGAUCAAGACCUAGCAGGACAACAAUGGUCGACGACAGAAUUCCUUGUUUCAACAACUUAUCGUGAUGGCCGGCUUCUCCCACGGGCAACCUACUGAAUUCAAUGCCUUUAGGACGCAGUUGAAUGGAUUAUUAGCAACUCUUCAAAAGCUUCCGGUAGGAGAAAAGCAGACUGCCAUAAAUCUCCUCAAAGUGACAGUCAAGACCCAGUUACAGAAUUCAGCCCCAUCCAAAGCUAAGCAGAAUCUGCCUGAACCAGGAAAGUACUUUUACCAAGAUAGAGGCAACCAUUGUCCAGUACAGGAAGAAGGGAGUCAAGGGUCAGAGAGUGAAUUUGACCAACAUCCCAGUGCAGGAAGUGAAGGACAGGAUAUAGAUGAGGAUUUAUGCCUUAAUCAUGAGGUCCCUCAGUCCCAGGUGCUUCCACAGCCAACCCAUCUCAAACAUUCCAUUGAGGAGAAUUUAUCUUUUAAUAUUCUACAUCAUCUGUCUGAGACAGACUGCCUAGAAAGCACCCUCACUGAAACAGAGAGUACAGAUGAUGCAGAACUACCUCAUAAGGAGUCCAUUUUAGAGAAAGAGCAAAAUAGCAGAAAUGACAUCUGUUCUAAAGUCAAGACUAAAAACGAUUGUGUCAAUGAUAGAAGGGAAGAUGGGAUGCUUAUCCAAAUGACAAGUGAAUCUCGUAAUAAUAUAUUGGACAAGAGGUCAUUUUACAUCCCUCAUAAUGAAUCAAAAAAUGAGGGAGAGAAUGAAAACCAGCAACAUGGUUGUCUUGAAAGUCUUGGAAAAUACAAUGAAGUAUUAAAUGUGUCUGAACAAGACAGACUUUUGGGCACUGGUCAUGAGCAAGUAGCAGUACCCAUGUUGUCCCAGAGUGAACAGCAAUUGGCAUUAAUUACCUCAAGGGAUUUCUGUGAAGGCAGCCGAGAAGCUUCUGAAUUUGGAGCAAUUCUUCACUCUCAGGAUCCUGAUAGAGAUUUGCAUGUACUAGAAGAGCACAAUGGACACAACUCCCAGGAGUAUGGCUCAGGAGAAUCUUUAUUACAGUUAAGGGUAAAGAAUGAAAAGAAGUAUCAGAGUGAAGGUAAACUUGCUUCAUGUGAUAAGAACAAUUCAUUUGAUGAUAAUAGCUGUAAUUCUUUAAAUCUGUCACAUUUUCAUAACAUAAAUGAAAGAGACAGUAUAUAUUCUGAAGAUCAUUCAUAUUUGCUCCGUUAUUUGGAAAAGGAUCAUUAUGAAAAGAUAGAGUACAAAAUUGACACUAUCUCCAGGAAAAGUAACCAAGAUGGUUUUGGAAGAGCACUGGAAACUUCAACAUCAUGCUCAAAUGGAAACCUUGAUUGCUGUAAGAGGAGAGAAACACAUGAGGAAAUGGAACAUGACAAGACACCUGUUGACUUGAGCAGUACAUCCAGCAUUGUACAGAAUGUCAAAAUAGAGGAGUGUAUUAUGGCUCAUGAAGGAUCACCUACAAACUCUCAUCAGCCUCAAGGGGCUGUGUUUAGCAGUGAACCAAGUGAUGUAUGGAAUGAAGAGAAGUCAAAGCCUAGCAAAUCAGUGCAUGGGCAGAAGCAGAAGAGGGUCUGUUCAGAAAACAAAAGACAUAGACAUACCAAAUAUAGCAAAACCUCAUCUUCAGAGGAAAACAAAUUAAUAGAAGUUACAGAUACUUCUGCAUCAAAUUUGCAUGAAAGGGAAAUUGGAGCAAACUUGGAUUUGAACAAUAGUGUGUUGCUGGAAGAGACUACUAGUUGUGUCAGAGAUGAUAAUCAGUGUCACGGUUUUGAAGGCAGUUUGCCAGUUAAUGGUCAAAGUGCUGGUGAAAAGUGUAACAAUAACUGUAACAGUGAACAAGGGGUGAACGUUAUCACAUGUAAACCUCAGUACCAGAAAGAAACCAAUACUUCAGAGAACAAGGAACUAGAAGUUCUACCUUCUAGUCUUCAGCCAGUGAGCUGCAAGAUCUGUAAAAAAGAACUCCCAGACAUCUCACUGUUCAUGGCUCAUCAGCGACAGUGUGAAGGUCACCUAUCAUGUACAAUCUGCCAGGCUAAGUUUGUCCACAAGGUGACGUAUAUACGACACAUGGAAGGCCAUAAGAGAAACAUUUGCAGCAAGUGUUCACAGAGCUUUUGUAGCCACAAAAAGCUAAAAGCUCACAUGAAGUCAGAGCAUAACUUUGACUUGUUAUCAAAGACUUAUCCUUGCCACAUGUGCAGCAGAAGUUUUCUGAAGCGUUCCUCCCUCUACUACCAUCUCAAAGUUCACGCAUCUGAUGAAGAGGAAGUUUGCCAGAAGUGUGGAGCAUUCAUCAAGGGGACGGAACCUUUCAACUUACACAUGGCGGACCACCAUAAGGCUACCAAGUUUCAUUGUCACAUUUGCUCAGCAAGCUUCAAGCGUCGUCAGCAAUAUGAUGACCACUUAAUGCAUCAUAAGAAAAACAGGUGUGAGAUCUGUGGACAGCCCUUCACAACCAAGCGGGCACUGAUACGUCACUGUCGCCAUGAGCACAACAGAUUGCCCCAGAAUAUCACUCUUGACCGCGAGUAUAAAUGUGACAAGUGUGAUAGGGUGUUUAACAGGCCCUCACUUCUCCGACACCACUUGCAGUUGCAUCGAGGAGUGAAGCUUGAGUGUCGCCUGUGCAACAAACAGUUCAGCCAUAAGCGUGGUCUUCGAAAACACAUGAACAGCAUGGGGCAUGAACACACCCUCCUAACUAACAGUUUGGAGAAAGACCAUGCAUAUGAUAUGAAACAGAACUUUGCUUUUACCUGUGAGUACUGCGGCCUUAAGUUACCCACGAGACAUUUGCUUUCCAAGCAUAGCAAGCUGGCACACAAGGUGGGAAUCACAUGGCAGUGUCCUCACUGUGACUACACCACAAAGCGCAACCACACCCUGAAGAGGCACAUGGAACUGCACUUAGAAAGUCGCAACUACAUGUGUGAAAUAUGUGGCAGUUCCUUUCAGGCCCUUGCUACCCUCAAGGAUCAUUAUAAUUUUGUACAUUCUGAUGAGAGGAACUACAAGUGCCCUGAGUGUGACAAAUGCUUUAAGAAUAAGUCUUCUCUGGCAAGGCAUAGUCGAACGCACUCUGAUGAUCGGCCUUACAAGUGUCACUGUGGGACAACGUACAAGAGAUUAUCUCAUCUAAAGCGGCAUUCAUCAUCAGCUCACAAAGAAAUUAUGAAAUCUAGGGCAGUCAAAAAGUUAAAGAGAUCAGAAGAUAUGGAUACAAAUAUUGACGACUCUAGGACAGGACAGGAUCAGAGUCAUUCAAAAGAGUUUUCGGAGGAGUGUGAAGAAUUUGAAUUUGUAUCUAUUAAUAAUUCCUCUCUGUCACCAGUUAUUCAGACUGAUGCCUCAGUGAAGGGGACAUCAGAUAUUUUACUCCCUACUCAGGAGAGUAUUAUCUUAAUGGGGGAAAACUCUGACUCUGAUCAGGGUCAUCUCAUUACUGUUGGAGAUUCACAGAUUAUUCAGCUAAUUCCAUCAACAUUUCAGUUUCCUCAGGAGAGUAGUUUUCAGACAGUGUCCUUGGUUUCAGCUAGUGACCUUCAUGCUAUUCCUUUGUCCACCCCAUCAUCAUACAGUCAAGGAGGUCACAGUGGCCCAGUGGUGGUAGAACCUUUCAGUUUGUCACAGAGUUCUGAAACUAUGGUAAUGGUUCCUGAUGUAGAUCCCCUAGGAGACUCAGACACCAUUCCCACAACACUGCGCACACUAGAGAAUGGUGCUUUAGCUGAACCAGGACGCAUUAGGAGGGAGCUUACAAAUCAUGGAAUCAAACAAGAAAUAGCUCUGCCUUCCCUGGAAGCCCAUGCAGAGCUGCCAGUGAGUCCUAGUCUGGACACGUAUGACUACAGUGGUGCAGCUGCCUCCCCACAGACCACCAACCUGCUACCCGCACUCCCUCCACCACACUUCAUUACCCAUGCUCACUCCCACAACACCAGCCAAGACAUGCUGCAGUCAAGUCUCAUAAUUUCAGAUUUUGUGCUUCCAGUGGAGGGUAAUAGAUAACUUGUAGGAUAUAGAUAUCUCCAGCUUUUAAAGUAGUCUUUCCAUUUUGAGCUUGAUCUUUCCCAUUCUAGUGGUUGAUAAGGGCAGGAGGAAGGAUGCUAGAAGUGAUACUUUACAAAGCAAUCUCCCAGCACAUGAACUGAAAUUCAUAUUUUUUUUUCCUUAAAUAUAAUUCUGUUGUUAAUACAAUAUUAGCUUUAAAAUGUUCAGGAACUUUUAUAGUACACAUUUCUCAAUGGCAGAGGAAGGUGCUUUUCAUUAAGUAUUUUUGUAUAGAAAAAGAACUUAGUAUCCAUGAUGUGAAGAUUUUCUUUGAUUUUUUUUUUUAUUUAAGUGAGAAUUUCAGAAAACAUUUGUAAAAGUGACUGUGAUAAUCUAUUUAUUAAAAACUAUUUACAUUA